UCCACAGCUCUCAUCCCUCCAGAGAAAGAGUUCUAGCCUCAUGGAGGAUAUUACUUUCAGACAGUCAAGUCCUCAAGGGGCACAGAGAUUCAAGAAGCCAUGGCUCUUGUGCACAGCUGCCCUGGUGCUGGUGCUGUUCUAUACCACUGGUGCGCUGAUCUUUACUUCACUCAAGCUAACUGCCAAGGAUCCCUGCAUGGUUAAGUUUGAUCUAUUGCCCCCAAAAUGGCAUAUGACAUCUCGUAAACCUUUUUGUGUAAAUAUGACAUCUGAUGGGAUGCUGAAGAUACUUCACAGUGGCAUGUAUUUAAUCUACGGCCAAGUGACUCCUGUUGCUGAAGAAUACAUACAAAACCGUGCGCCCUUUAUAGCACAGAUUGUUAAACAAAAAGAUAUUGUUUUACAAACUGCAGAAGGUGAAAACGAUGACUUUCAAAUCUUAACACUAGCAGGGGUUCAUGAACUCAAAGCUGGAGAUACCUUAUAUUUGAAGUUCAACAGUAACGACCAUGUUGAGAAAAAGAAAACAUACUGGGGGAUCAGUUUAAUGCCAGAUCUAUCCUUCACCUCUUAGAAUCUUAGUUUGGUCUCCUCAUCUUCUUCAGUGUAUCUAGAGAUGCUGGGGGGUGGGUUGGAGGGGGCUGAUUGUUAGAAAUGCACACAGUUUGUAAGGGCUUACAAAUCAACACAAACAGAACCCUUUGACAUGUAAGACUUUAACCCUCCUAUCUGUCUGAAAAAGACUCAGCGAUGGGGCCAAAUCUUUAAUGUUGGGUCUGCAAAUAUACUUGCAUAAUCCAUGAUGAAAUGAGUAUGGGCCUCAGAGGACAGAAACCCUUCCAAAAAAUGUCUAACCCUUGAAUCCCUGGGUGGAAAAUGAGGUCCUAUUUCCAUGGGAGUCUUACUUGGUUUGUUAAAAGGGUGUAGGGUAAUAGCUUGGCCUCUUUUUCCAUCAUCAUUUCCUUGAGCUGUUUUAGCUUGAUCUUUUCAUACCCUCACCUUCUGAGAGCCUCCUAAUGAAAAGUUGUCAGACUGGUAGGGUGGCCAAGAUAUGCCAACAACACUCUUCUUUAGAUGUAUUUUUAAAAGACAGAGAACACUAUGAAACCUAUGGGGACCGAGGUACAUAUGGCAUGAAAUGAAAUUUCUCUGGGGUUUUUCUUGAUUUCAUCAUUCUCAGGACACAGGUUCGUUUUGAACUUUCACCCAAGCCUUUGCUGUUUUUGUAUGUAUGUAUGUAUAAACACUGAAAAUAGUAAAAUGAGAAUUUGCACUAGUAGUCAUUAGAUUUAACCCCAGAAAUUGGUACUUCUCUGGCUGUAUAAUGUAAUGAUUGCACAUUUUUACUUGGUGUUCCCUAAUUGGCAUAUAGAUCAGUUUUUCUAUAACAACAACUCUAUGAUAUUAAUGGGACAGAUAUUUUUGGAAAAAAAAUGAACAGUGAGAACACGGAUAGAUGGAUAACGAAACUCUUACUUCAACUCAGAACUCACAAUGAAUUACGUGAGUGGGGUUUUCAUUUUGCAGUUCAUAUGCCCUCUGCUUUGAAACUGGUAGCUCUAUUAUCUCAUUACACAUCUCUAAAAUGGAAUAAAUUCAACUUUAAAUGGACGCAUCAGCUUUACCCUAACGUGGCCAGAAUGAAGCUGCAUGAAAGUCCUUCUGUACCAGCAGCCAUUUUCCUUUUCUUGCUCGGGCCCGAGCAAGAAAAGCCAGAAUCUUGUUGGAACAGCUCAUCUCACUCAAGCAUGCUAACUACUCAAAGUAAGAGAGAAUAUCCGUGUUCAAAAUUUGGACUCUGUUACAUUUAGCCAGAUUUCAAGUUCUUGUUGAAACAUAUUUUCAACCGAUUUACAAUAUUUAUGGGCAUUUGUGAAAAGCUAUAUUAUUUUAUAUAAAGUUAAUUUAAAAAUAUUUUUAUUGUAUGUAACAAAAAUUCUUCUAUGGGCUAAGCUAUUUCUUCUUAUUUCUUUUUAUUAGUAGUUGCUGAAUUGCUAUAGGGUACAAAGACUCUUCUGUUUGUAUAUCUUCUCAGGAAAUUAAAAUUAUAUCAUAUGUAUUUAUAGAAUCCUGUUAGUGUUGAUAUCUGUUGUGUUGUAAGUAGCACUGUGCUGGCAUGGGCUAACACUACUUUAUAAGAACUGAUUGUUUAAUUUUUAGUAAUUGGACAGUCUGGGAAAUUUUAUACCAUGGAUGUUAAUUACAAACCAGAGCAUUUCUUUUGGAAAACUGGUUCAUUAGGACACCACUCUUUGUAAAAGUUUUCUGUGUGUGUGUGUGUGUGUGGUGUUUGUAUGUUGUAUGUGAUUGUGUAGGUAGAUGUAUGUAUAUGUUGUGGGAAAACCUGUGCAUGUAUGCAUUUGCUUGUGGGUGGUACACUGAGUGUCUUCCUUAAUUGUUCUUUACCUUAAUCUUUUAAGCAUGGUCUUUCACUGAACCUAGAACUCAUCUAUUUGGCUUGGCUGGUCCACCAUUUGGUUCUAGUGAUCUACCUAUGGCUGCUUUACCUUACCACCCACAGUUCUUGUGUUACAGAUGUGUGCCACUAUGGCUGACUAUUACAUGGAGUUUGGGGAUCUAAACUCAAGUUCUUAUACUUCGUAGCAGGCAUGAUUGUUAUCCAUGGAGCUUUUUCUGUGAAACUUAAUGAUGCUAUUCUGUCAUUGCCUCAUUCUUGGGACAAUCAAGGCAGAGAAAAAGACAAAAUGAUAUUGCCACACUAACAGCCAACAGCCAACAUAAUUGUAAGGCUUUUAUUUUUUUUCUUUGACCAAUAGAGUUUUCUGUACUUCUGACAGAGGGAAAGCUCCCAACAUAUAGCAUCUGAAUUUCUCCCAAUGUUAUCAUUUCAGCUUUUGUUGUCAAUAUAUACACAGUUCCCUUUCUGUAU